AUGCCCCCAGCCGCCAACCCCAAGCCCCUCCCGGCACUGGCCGAAGAUGUGUACGAUGCUGACACCCUACACAGCGUAGUCACAGCGCUCGCGGCGACGAUCAUCAAGACGGUCGUCGAUAAUCGGAGCGUCACCUCCGCAGCCAAGACGCACAUCGUACAGGCGGCGGAGGAGAUCAGGAAGGCGAUCGCGCUCCACGCGAAGCUGCCUGCCCCCUCCGCCCCCGCCGACUCCCCAGACACUUCUUCUGCUCAAGACGCCAUGAUUUCAUCGGUGCGAGAACUCACUCGAUCCGUAGCCUGUGUGCAAGCUGAGCUCAAGGAGCUUAAGGCUCUGCACGCCCGCCCCGCACAGGCCCAGCCUGCUCCCGCCGAUGCCGCUGCCGCCGCCUACCCCGCAACCUCAGCUGCCACUGUUGCGGCUUCCGCCUCCGCCGCCUCCGUGACCACCGCUGCUGCUGCCGCCGCCGCCGCCCCCGCCAAUACUCGCAGAGCUCGCGCUCCCCGUAACCUUCUAGCGCCCACCCCAAACCCAAUCCCAAACCCCACCUACGCCCAACAGGCAAGCCGCCCGGCACAGCCUGUCAGGCGCACACCCCCCGCUCCCGCACCCAUCCAGCCCAAACCCAGUACAAUCAUCCGCCCCGCCAUCUUAGUUGCGACCAAGAAUCCGACUAAGUCCAGGCAGGAGGCCGUUGAGGCCUUCAAAAAGAGCAUCUCGUUCAGAGAUUGCACGUAUGCUCCAGCGAGGGUCUCACCGGUCUCCAAUAACAAAAUCAGGGUGGAGUUUGACACCCAGGCGCAAUGCGACGACGCCCUUAGCAAACUUCGCAGCAAACCAGACGCACCAGUGACAGCCGAACCAGCAAGGAAGCUCAAACCAAUGAUCUUGCUGAAGGGAAUCAGUUCCGACAUGGCACCGGAGGAUCUGGUGAGUACCCUCCUGCGCCAAAACCCGCAACUUCACACAUACAGUGACACCGACAUCACCUUCCGCUUCAAAAGAGGCAAUAAUAGAAGCACCCACCUAUACAACGCCGUCCUUGUGGCUAAUCCAGCCACCUGGAAAACAAUAGUCGAGAUGGGGAGAGUCUGCCUGGACUUCCAGAAGGUUCAUGCAGAGGACUUCUCCCCAUUCCUACAGUGCCAGAAGUGCCUCAACUUCGGGCACGUGAAAAAACACUGCCGGACUGAGGCCACACGAUGCUCUCAUUGCGCAUCAGACACCCACCUACAAGACGUAUGCCCAACCAAGGACACUCCGCACCCUCCCAAGUGCUACAACUGUACCCAACACAACAUCAAAUUCAAUAAUAACCACCCCACUACACACAAGGCUACGUCAAAACACUCUCUUAAAGAGUUCAUCACAUACUUCAUUAAUAGCGAACACAACGUAGCCUUAGUGUCUGAGCCGUACACCGGUAAGGGUAUCGAGGUCGGGGCCAUUAGAGGCCUGGAAAUCUUCCAGUUCCCUAGCGGACCCGAUGGGAGGGUCAAGGCGUGCAUAUUGGCCAAAACCAAGACCGCAUUCCUCGGGCUCUCCCAAUUCUCUACCCCUAACCUAUGUGUGGUUCGGACACUACACAGACACCAACAGGUACUCAUCGCCUCCGUCUACAUCGAGCCCAGGGUCGAUGAGGCGGAUACACUACACUCAUUAGAACACCUUCUCAGCAACAACACCAACACCCGCUGCAUCAUCGGUGGCGACCUUAAUGGUUGGCACCCACUCUGGGGGAGCGAACGCAUGAACCCAAGAGGGAGGGAAAUCAUCGAACUCUCCCUCAUUCACAAUCUUUUGGUAUGCAAUGUGGGCAACACACCCACAUUCGAAACUAUUACCCACGGUCAUGUGCGCUCCUCCAUAAUCGACAUCACACUCGUUUCGUCACUUGUCUACGACCAAGUUACAGACUGGAAGGUGAACCUGGACGCUUGCCCCUCGUCGCAACACAAUGCAAUCGACUAUACAUAUACACACUCGCAUUUUCAAAACAAAUCACAAACUUCUCAACAUCUUAACACAACCACCUUCCUUUACAAGAACAACAAAGCGAAUUGGCGCCUCUUCAAGGAGUCAAUUCUCACACAAUUCACGAGCAGCGACACAUUGGAAUCAGACAUCCACGCUCUGGACACUGGACAGCUUGAGUCUCUUAUCGACACCAUCACCGAAUAUAUACACACCGCCUGUAGGGAUUCCAUGCCCGUCAGAUCGCCGGAAGCGAAAUGCAAGCCUCCUUGGUGGACAGAGGCCUUGGAAGCUCACAAGCGCGAGGUCAUACACACCCAUCACCAACUACACGCGGCCAAGAAAUCCAACCAACCGGUGGAUGCUCUGGCCCGACAGCUACACACCCUCAAAGAGCGAUACGCCACUGCACUUAAAGCGGAGUCGACCGCCCACUUCAAGGAGUUCUGUGAACUCCAAACGAAGGAGAAUGUCUGGUCUCUGACUAAUAGACUUCUCAGGGAAUCGGCUCCACGACGUCCACCAGUCACGCUUAAGGUCGGCGGUCGCUACACCACAGAUACAGCCGAAACCGCCAAAGCCCUACUCGACCACUUCUACCCUGACGACUCGACAGACACGGACGUGAGACAUGACCUACGGGCUCACAUGAAGGAAUUCCCUGAGACUCCAGAGGACCCCCCUUUUACCGAGGGGGAGAUUCUGGAGGCACUCAAGGGAAUGCACCCGAAAAGGGCACCCGGACUCGACGGACUUACCUCCGACAUUUGUUUACAGUUCUUCCGACUCUUUCCCAAAUUCAUGACAGACAUCAUGAAUAGAUGUCUGUCACUCCAACAUUUUCCCCGACAAUGGAAGAGGGCUUAUGUUAAGAUCAUCCCUAAACCUAAUAAGACUGACCGUACUGACUUGACCGGCUACAGACCGAUUGGUUUGCUGCCGGUGUUCGGAAAGCUUCUCGAAAAGCUCUUUAUCAGCCGAGUGACCUACGUCGCGGAUAAGGCCGGUAAAUUGAGCAAGAAGCAGUUCGGAUUCCGGCCGCAGACCAACACGACGGCUGCUAUCCACGCAGCCAUAGACUUGAUCAAACAAGCCAAGACUGACAAGCUACUCACAGUCGCCGUCUCCUUAGACAUCAAGGCCGCCUUCGACAACGCUUGGUGGCCCGCUCUCUUCCAUCGGCUGAGGCAUAUCGGUUGUCCACGCAACAUCUACGGACUCAUCCUCAGCUACACUAACCAACGCACAGUCAUGCUUGACCACGCCGGUUGUAGGGCUUCUAAAACUAUGUCCAAGGGCUGCAUCCAGGGUUCGACCUGUGGCCCUCACCUAUGGAAUAUCAUCCUCGAUGAGCUCCUGGAAAUCGAUUUGCCUCCUGGCUGCCGACUCCAAGCCUUCGCUGACGAUGUUUUGUUGGUCAAAGGAAUUGCGAGAAUGUCGUUCUCAAUAGAGGACCGUCAGUUAGAAUUCUGUGGCCUAUUAUUUGGGUACCAUGUGCCCUUUGCAGAACUUUCAAUACUCGCUUUGUUCUCGUCCUGGGCCUUUGUGUUUACCCUUCGGUCUGCAAAUGUGCCCUUGGUUAAACGAUCGGUGGAUGUCACACACGAAUUUCAUUCAUAUCACGUAGCAGGAGAGUCGAAAUUGUUUUAA